CGUUGGGUUCCGGUUCCCCCUGGUUGCGUGGGGCGGGUUCCGGAGGUUCGGGGCUGCCCGGGUUUAUCCGCUGCGGUUCGGUACCGCGGGGGGCGCAGGGACCGGUCCGGUUUGGGUCGGUGGGGUGAGGGCAGCGCUCGGUAUCUCCUCCAUCCCCGCCCUGGGGAAGCGGCGGGCCCGGCCGUGAUGGCGGCCGGCAAGGGCGGCGUUUCGGAGGGUUUGGUGCUGCAGUGCGAGUGGGAGCUGUGCAGCUACGUGGCCUCGGGCAUGGAGGAGUUCUGCCAACACGUAUCCCGGCACCUGCAGCAACACCUUCCCGGGGAGCCCCGGGAUGAGAUGGAUCCGCUCGAGGAAUUCACCUGCUUGUGGCAGGAGUGUGGGUUCUGCUCCCCAGAGAGCCCAGCUGACCUCACCCGCCACGUCUACUUCCACUGCUACCACACCAAGCUGAAGCAGUGGGGGCUGAGGGCCCUGCAGAGCCAGGCAGAUGUCACCCACUGCCAGCUGGACUUCCAGAGCAGGAAUAUCAUCCCGGAGAUCCAGGAGAACUUCUUGUGUCUCUGGGAGUACUGUGAGAGAACAUUUGACAAUCCUGAGUGGUUCUAUCGUCACGUGGAGGAUCACAGCUUCUGCUCAGAGUACAAGGCAGCAGGGAAGGAGAACCACGUGGUGCUGUGUGGCUGGAAAGACUGUGACUGCACCUUCAAGGGACGCUGCAAGCUGCGGGAACACCUGCGCAGCCACACUCAGGAGAAGGUGGUGGCCUGUCCCACCUGUGGGGGGAUGUUUGCCAACAACACCAAGUUCUUUGACCACAUCCGACGCCAAACUGCGCUGGACCAGCAGAGGUUUCAGUGUUCCCACUGCUCCAAGAGAUUUGCCACAGAGAGGCUGCUCCGGGACCACAUGAGGAACCAUGUGAACCAUUACAAGUGUCCCCUGUGUGACAUGACCUGUCCCCUGCCCUCCUCCCUGCGCAACCACAUUCGCUUUCGGCACAGUGAGGAGCGGCCCUUCAAGUGUGAUUACUGUGACUACAGCUGCAAGAAUCUCAUUGACUUGAGGAAGCACCUGGACACGCACAGCAAGGAGCCCGCCUAUCGCUGCGAGUUUGAAGCCUGCAGCUUCACUGCACGUUCCCUCUGCUCCAUCAAACUCCACCACCGGAAAGUUCAUGAGGGUGACUCGGAGCCCCGGUACAAGUGCCACGUCUGUGACAAAUGCUUCACCCGUGGAAACAACCUCACUGUCCACCUGAGGAAGAAACACCAGUUCAAGUGGCCCUCAGGGCAUCCUCGCUUCAGGUACAAGGAACACGAGGAUGGGUACAUGAGGCUGCAGCUGGUGCGCUACGAGAGCGUGGAGCUGACAGAGCAACUGCUGAAGGACAGAGAGAAGCAGGGGGAAGCCCUGGAGGGCUCCACUGAGUGUGUGGUGCUGCCUGAGGGGGAGGGCAACCUGCAGGGCAUCAUUCUGGAGGCACCAGCAGAGGCUCCCUCGGUGGAGAACAGGAUCACUGAGCUGCAGGAGGCCCCACCGUGCCCUGCAGCUUCCUCUGCUGGCAGCCCUGAGCCAGCACAGCCAAGGGCCCUUCCAGGAGCAGCACUGACACCAGAGCAAGGAUCCAGCUCCUCAUCCAACCCCAUCAUCCGUGUGGUGAACAGAACCAACGAGCAAGGGGAGAGUGAGACUGUGUAUUAUGUCAUGGCCAGCACCUCCUCAGAGGAGCAGUUGGCAGCACCCAGUGGGCUGGCUAUGGAGCUGGAGGAAAAUGUCAUGGACAGACUGCAGAAGACAGCAGAGGAGCUGGGAAUCCAGAUUGUCUGAGCUGCUCCCCUGCCUCUGCAGGGCCUCCAUGGGAUUGGGAAGUGCUUAGGAGGGAGGUUGGGAAGUGCUUAGAGGGAAGAGCUGAGCUUGUCCACCUCCCUGCAGGUGGCUUUCUGCCCUGCUCCUUGCUGCUGCUGGGCUGGUCAGCAUGGGGAGAGGGGAAGGACAGGUUUUUCUUCAUUGGGGAUCCAAGUGUUCUGAGCUGCAAAGGUCAGGGACUGGCAAAGCCACUCCUAGCAUUCCAGGAGGUUUGGCCUUAGCCUGGCUCAGGCCUUCUCUUGGUCACUCCCUGGUGGUGUGGGCCCUGCUGCUGUGCAGCUCUUGCUGAGCCUGAUCCUCAGCUGGGACCUCCCCUGGCAGGAUGGGGUGCUGAGCAGACACCAUGGCUGAACCCCCUUCCCUGGGGAGAUGUGUGCUUCUCUCUGUACUUUGUUCUCCAGGGGAUGGUUUGCUCCACUUCUGCCUUCAUCAGCACUUCCCUGCCCAUCAUCUUGCCUUGGUCACUCAGCUGGUGCUGCUGGUGGUAGCACCACUGGUCCCAUCACAUUGCACUGACCUCUGGGAGGAGAGUCUGGAGGUGCUGCUGCUCUUGCAGGCUACUGCUGCUCUGUCAAACUGGGGAAUUUAAAGCUUCUGAGUGCUUUUGUCCUUCCCUGGGUGUCCUCCCCACAUUGGGCUUUAGAUUCCUGUUGGGCAAAAUGCAUUUUGGUGAGGCAAAUAAAAGCCAGGCUGCCAGGCCAGGCAGAGAGCCCA